AAAAUUUUAUUUUCCCUUCAAAUUCGAAUCGGCAGCGUAUUUGAAGCUCACACAAAUGGAGGAAAAUCGAUCACAGCACCAUCUUUCUCGGCCAUUGCCAUGGAUUGCCAUCUGCUUUCUCCUUCCAGACUUAGGAUGAGAGGAGCUGUUCUCGUUGCAAUCGCUGCUGCAAUCGGGAAUUUGUUGCAGGGUUGGGAUAAUGCAACCAUUGCAGGAGCUGUUAUGUACAUCAAGAAGGAAUUCAAAUUGGAAGGUGAUCCUACAACUGAAGGGCUAAUUGUGGCCAUGUCACUAAUUGGAGCUACUGUUAUUACGACAUUCUCAGGACCUUUAUCUGAUUCAGUGGGUCGUCGUCCUUUGAUGAUAGCAUCCUCGAUUCUUUAUUUCACUAGUGGUCUUGUUAUGUUGUGGGCACCUGAUGUUCAUGUUCUGUUAUUAGCUAGGUUAUUAGAUGGAUUUGGAGUUGGACUUGCUGUUACCUUAGUUCCUGUUUAUAUUUCUGAGACUGCCCCAGCUGAGAUUAGGGGGCUGUUAAACACUUUACCUCAGUUCACUGGUUCCAUUGGAAUGUUUUUGUCGUACUGUAUGGUUUUUGGAAUGUCCUUGACCAAAUCACCUAGCUGGAGAACGAUGCUUGGUCUCCUGUUUAUGCCAUCUCUUAUUUAUCUUGUUUUAACUGUUAUGUUUCUCCCCGAAUCUCCACGUUGGCUUGUUAGCAAAGGCCGAAUGAAUGAAGCCAAGAAGGUUUUGCAGAGACUUCGUGGGAGGGAGGAUGUUGCAGGGGAGCUAGCCCUGCUGGUUGAGGGUCUGGGUUCAAGUGAAGACACAUCGGUACAAGAGUACAUAAUUGGCCCGGCAACAGGAGAAUCGAGUACUGAGAAGGGUCAGAUCAGGUUGUAUGGAACUGAGGGAGGCCAGUCUUAUAUUGCCAAACCUGUCGCUGGACAGAGUUCAAUUGGCAUAGCAUCACGCCAUGGUAGCAUUUUUAACCAGAGUAUGCCAUUGAUAGAUCCUGUGGUAACUCUCUUUGGCAGUGUCCACGAGAAAGUUCCUGGUGAGGUAGGAAGUUUGCGCAGUAUGCUUCUUCCAAAUUUUGGAAGCAUGUUCAAUAACAUGACGAGUGAUCAGCAAGGGAAAGAAGAUCACUGGGAUAUGGAAAGUCAGAAGGAUGGUGAUGGCUAUGCAUCAGAUCCUGAAGCUGAAUCUGAGGAUAAUUUGAAGAGCCCAUUGCUCUCACGUCAGACAUCAGCCGCAAUGGACAAGGAUAUUGUCUCAAGGAGAGGCAGCAGCAUCAUGAUGCGAACAAAUGCUGCUGGUGAGGCUGUUAGUGCUACCGGAAUUGGUGGUGGCUGGCAACUGAUGUGGAAAAAAACCGAGCGAGUUGAUGGAACUGGGAAAAAAGAAGAGGGGUACCAAAGGAUAUACUUGCAUCAAGAUGGCGCAGAUGGGCAUCAGCAUGGAUCUGCUCUUUCUGUUCCUGGAGCUGAAAUGCAAGGAGAGGGAGACUGUAUUCAAGCAGCUGGUCUAGUCAGCCAAUCAGCACUCCGGAUUGGGAGUCAUCCUAUUGGACCAGAAAUCAUGCGUCCAACUGAUAAAGCCACUAAACGAUCAUCAUGGAAAGAGAUCUUAGAGCCAGGAGUUAAACGAGCGUUGUUUGUUGGGAUAGGAAUUCAGAUUCUUCAGCAGUUUUCAGGUAUAAAUGGUGUACUUUAUUACACACCUCAGAUUCUAGAACAGGCAGGAGUUGCAGUGCUUUUGUCCAAUUUGGGACUUGGUUCAACCUCUGCAUCACUGCUUAUAAGUGCUCUCACUACAUUACUGAUGCUUCCUUCCAUAGGCAUUGCCAUGAGACUUAUGGACGUAGCUGGUAGAAGGUCUCUUCUGCUAUCUACUAUUCCUGUACUGAUAAUAUCACUUAUCGUACUCGUCAUUGGUAGCAUGGUGGACAUGGGUUCAGUUGCCAAUGCAACAAUCUCAACCAUCAGUGUUAUAGCGUACUUCUGUUGCUUUGUCAUGGGAUUUGGUCCAGUCCCUAACAUCCUCUGCUCUGAGAUCUUUCCGACUCGAGUUCGAGGCCUCUGCAUUGCUAUGUGUGCUCUCACAUUCUGGACCGGAGACAUCAUCGUCACCUAUUCACUUCCAGUGAUGCUUAAUUCCAUUGGACUCGGUGGAGUUUUUGGUGCCUAUGCCAUUAUAUGCAUCAUUUCUUGGAUAUUUGUCUUUCUCAAAGUUCCUGAGACCAAGGGCAUGCCUCUGGAGGUGAUCUCUGACUUCUUCGCAGUGGGCGCAAAACAGGCUGAUUAACAACUUGGUAUCAGAUUUUGGUUGUAUUAGAAUCCAUGUUUUGGCGAGAAUUUAUGAAUAUUUUCCUGAAAUUUCAUAACGAGAUAUUCAUUCAUCAUAUAGAACAUAUGUUCAGUUUGCA